AAUGAUGACGCAUGCACGCAGGAGGUAACAUUGAAGCCACCCAAGAGUGGAGCUGCAAAACUGUACGUCGCAGUUCCUUAGUUUCCCCAUUCUCUCGGUUUUCCUGUGUAAACUAAGGCAGGACGCAUGAGCUGCUGAGAGAGGCUUCCAGACGAGAGUCCCUCAUCUUCCAGGUUGCCAACACCUGAAUCCACUUUCCUUUACACCAGCACCUGCCUCUCCAGUGUUGGCUUUGUAAGCCAAACUUGCAUUCUGUUACCAAACUGGUAAAAAUUAGUCCUUACUCACCCUUAAUCAGAACUGGCCCCAGUUUCUCCAUAGCCAGGUUGCGAGUGGAGGCCAAGCUCUCCGUGGUAAGGUAUUUUGUGUAGCAUAACUGCUUGAUUCCAUUUUCUCAAAACCACUUCGUGAGGGGCAUUAACCCUAUUUGGUAAAUGAGGAAGCUGAGACCAGAAAGGUCUUGGGACACCAAAUCUGCUCUCUGGUCCUCACGCUGCCCCGAGGCUUGGGUCUUCAAGUGCUAGGGGCGCCGCUCAGACUCCGGCCUAGUUCUGGGUCUAACACGGCUCCCGCGCUGGAAGCCCCGCCUCCCAGGGGGCUUGACGAACCGCCCCUUCUGCGAUGUCCAAUGGGGCUUAGGUGGGGGCGGGACCUAUCUGCUGAGGGCCAAUAUGAUUGGUCUAAGGCGCAAGGUGGAAGCCCAGCGGCUGCACCGUAGGUUCCCAGCCGGGAGAGAGCCCGGAGUGGGAGGCGCGCUUGGUGUUCUGCUGUGCGCGCACCCGCCGCCCUCCGUCAGCGCAGCCCCUCGGCCCGCUCUGCCCUUCGGGUCCUGGCGCCGGUCUCUCCCCUACUCUCCCUUUGCCGCCUGGACCGGGACUCGGGAGACAGGCCAAGGCAGGGCGGGAGCUGCGGGACGAGCGCCUGAGGUGCCCUGGAGAAACCAUGGAGCUGAGCAGCAAGAAGAAGCUUCACGCUCUAUCCCUGGCCGAGAAGAUCCAGGUGCUGGAACUCCUGGAUGAGUCCAAGAUGUCCCAGUCAGAGGUGGCCCGGCGCUUCCGGGUCUCCCAGCCCCAGAUCUCACGCAUCUGCAAGAACAAGGAGAAGCUGCUGGCAGACUGGUGCAGCGGCACCGCCAACCACGAGCGUAAGCGCAAGCGGGAGUCCAAGUACAGCGGCAUCGAUGAGGCUCUGCUUUGCUGGUACCACAUCGCCCGGGCCAAGGCCUGGGAUGUGACGGGACCCAUGCUGCUCCACAAAGCCAGGGAGCUGGCCGACAUCUUGGGCCAGGAUUUUGUGCCCAGCAUUGGCUGGUUGGUCCGCUGGAAACGCCGAAACAAUGUGGGCUUUGGGACCCGCCAUGUACUAGCACCUCUGUUCCCCCCUGAGCCACCUCCCCCAGGCCUCACGUCCCAGACUCAGCUGCCUCUCUCCCUGAAAGACUUCUCCCCGGAGGAUGUGUUUGGCUGUGCUGAAGUGCCCUUGCUGUGUCGAGCAGUGCCCGGCAGAGUAGGUGCAGGUGAUCAAGUGCAGGUGUUGCUGUGUGCCAAUAGCAGGGGCACAGAGAAGCGGCGGGUACUGGUUAGUGGGCUCCAGGCUGCACCCAGCUGCUUCUUUGGGGUCAGCAGUGAGGCUCUGCCUGCCUCCUACCACCCUGAAGUGGGCACCCCCUGGUCAGAGUGGCUGGCACAGUUUGACUGGGACAUGGGGAGGCAGGGCCGGCAGGUAGCCUUGUUGCUGGCUGCCCAAGUGAUGGAGGAAUUGGCAGGCCUGCCUGGGCUCUGCCAUGUGAGGCUCCUGCCUCUUUCCACCACUAGCGCCACACCUUCUCUGCCCAGCUCUGUGAUCCGGGCCUUUAAGGCCCAUUACCGGCACCGUCUGUUGGGCAAGCUGGCAGCUGUCCAGAGCAAGAGGGCCGGCAUGUCGCUGGCCGAGGCUGGGGCAGGCAUCACAGUGCUGGACGUGCUGCACAUGGCAGCGGCAGCCUGGGCUAAGGUGCCUCCCCAGUUCAUUGUAAGCAGCUUCCUUCAGGAAGGGCCAGCUCCCUGCGAAAUGCCCCUGUCCUCGGACAAAGCCUCUGAGAUGCUGCCUGUCCCUGGUGGGCUGAGCUUUGAUGAAUUCUCCCGCUUUGUGGACCUGGAGGGUGAGGAGGCCACAUCUGGGGUGUGCAAAGAGGAGAUGGGUACCAAAGACGAGGAGGGGGCUGGGGAGGAUGGCUGCGAGCCCCUGCCCACCAGAGCCGACGUCCUCCGGGCCCUGGGCACACUUCGGAGGUGGUUUGAGUGCAAUGGCACCUCCCCUGAGCUAUUUGAAAAAUUCUAUGCCUGUGAGGAGGAGGUUGAGCGACUCUGCUGCCUGUGAAGGGUGCCUGCUCCUCGCCAGAGCCCCCUCCUGUGUGUUUCCCGUGGAAACGCCCUGUCACAGAAGGCAGGUGGGAAGCUUGUCUCUUUCCAGUGGAAAUGGGGCUUUUGUGAAUGGUGUAGAAGUGGGACAAGUCAGGAGAACAAGUCUAAGUUAUCGGAGCCCAGGGAAGGGCAACCGAAGUGAGGCUCGGCUCGGUAGUUUCUGGACCUCCAGGGAGGCUGGGACUUGGGUAGGUGAAAUUUGGGCUUCGCAGACAGGUCAGUGUCUUGAACUCUGUUAAAAACAGUUCUGCUUCUGAAAAUAAAGUUUUUAAUCAGAAAAGAGGCCAGGGUGUAAUUUUCAGAGGGAAAGGGUAGAUGGUUUCAACUCAGCUUUUUAACUUGAUGGCUGAGGGUGGCCACCACACAGCUGUCCGGAGCUGUCUGCAGGUGACCACAGGGACCCUCCUCUUACAGAAUGCCAGCAGGAAGGACUCCCAGGGUCCGGGACGCCUCCUCAGCUGCCAGGAUCUCAGACACUGCUCCAUACCCCUUGCUGCUCUGCUAACGUAGCUCUCAGGUUGCGGGAGGGGAGGAGGUAUCAGUGGGAGGG